GAAAAGCGUCCGCCGUGAGCGACAGACACGCCGCAGUCGAUCCGUUCGAGUCCGCUUCGCUGCGCUCUGCCCCCAUCUCAGUCGAUUCGAUUGCAUCCGAUCGGUUUCCAAUCCGCAGCCCCGCCCGUGGAGCUCUCCGCCGGAGGGAUCACUUUACGGAGUUACUCAGACCCGAAAAGUUGACCAGUGGUUCGGUCAACGCAGAGAAAACGCGUGGUGCCCGAGGGUCCGUGUGCUGUGUGUGUGGCCAGGAGAAAGUGGCGCAGGCAGGGGGCAGUACGUGCCGCCAUCAGGAUUUUCCGAGUGCGCCGGGUAACGUGAGACGACGGGAAACGGGAGACUACGGAAAACAACCUGAAAUCCAUUUGCCGCAAUUUGAGGAACCAGCGACAACAACAUGUGUAAACGCUAACGAGCGCGAAAACGCGAACAUUUUGAUUGAUUUUGAUUGACAUGCCACUCAGCGCAUGCCACCCACUGCGAAAAAGUGACAGAAAACAAAAGAGGGGGGCGUAAAAAUAAAACAAACAACCAACUCGAGGACAAUCGCUGCAACAAAAAACAACGCCCACAAGUAUUCACUAUAAAUCAAACAAAUAUUGAAGCGUUUGAAGCACUUUCGGGUCUAAAAAAUAAUUGCCCCAAGGGCUGUCAGCGAAAGUGCCAGCCCAAACAGGAAAAAAUAUAUGCCAUAGCGCCAGAAACAAAUGCAAUCAAAUCAAGGCCCAUAAAAACCGCACAAAACACGCUCGCAUAAAGCAAAGAAAAGCCAGUCGACAAAAUAAUACAAAAAAUAAUAAAAUCCACAGCAUCAGGCGGCUAAUCAACUACAACAAAAUAACAAAAAAAAUAUAUACACAUAUAAAAAAGCGCUGAGUUGGGAAACUGUUUUUUUGGCCUUUCAGUUGGAUUUCCUACUCCUUGCUGUGUCAGUGUAGUGGUGUGUUUCACUCGCGUAUACAUAUACGUUUAUUUUUGUGUGCCUGCGUAGGAAAAAGGAUAAAAUAUGCCGGCAUUGAUUUUAUCCUGCGACAACAGCAGCAACAACACCACCAUCGGCUAAACAGCAGCCAGGACAACAACAACUUUCAUAAUAAGAAACGAGCUGGGAAAGUUGCAGGAAUCGAGGGCAAAGUUUUCGGACAUUUUCGGUUUUUUUUGGAACACUAAGCCGCGGAUGAUUAAAACGAUAAAAAGAUUGCCCAACUAUUUCGAAAGCUCUUAAAAGGAACCGGCAUUUAAGGGCACACAAAACAACUUCGACAAGAACACGCGGCAAAUGCAUUACAUUAUAAUUUCAUUAAGGACAAAAGCCUUUCUCCGCCGGCAGUGAAACAACGUUGCCGGGAGAUAAAAGGGGAGAAGUAGGAGCCAAGAGCGCGGAGAAAGGCGUAAGGAGAAAGUCGGAAAGCCGCAAAAGGCGACAAUAGCCCCCGAGCCCAUUGCCUACUUCUGGGCGCUGUCAAGCGAAAAUCAAGGACCUGGCGUUUUUAUGAAAUUAAUACAAAGGACGUCGCUGAAGCAGUAGAACUGGAAGUGGAAGUGGAAGCGGAAGUGGCAGCCAUGACAAAAGCCGCGGCGACAGGACAAUGAUGGGCGGCCCUUCGAUAGCGAUUACAGUGGGAGUAGCGCUGCUUUUAUGGCCCGACAAUCCUGCUCCUCGAGCAGACGUGACAGCCUCCGAUCGGCUAAUAAUAUUUACCCGCGGAGAGAGCCCCGCUGCAUAAUUUGACAUGCCAACGUGAGCCAGCUGGCGCAAAAUAUUUACCAAUCAGCCAGGAGUCCCCGAGAACAAAACUUAGAAAAAUCUCUGAAGAAAGGAGCAGGCCACUUGAGACAAUGAGGGCUCUGCCAAUCCUGGUGUCACUGCUCACUCUUCUGGCCCCAAGCCUCGCCUGUCCGCCCGAGGUGUGUGUGUGCAAGUGGAAGGGCGGCAAGCAGACGGUGGAGUGCGGGGGCCAGCAGCUCUCCAACCUGCCCGAGGGCAUGGAUCCGGGCACCCAGGUGCUCAACUUCAGCGGCAACGCCCUGCAGGUCCUGCAGUCGGAGCGGUUCCUGCGGAUGGACCUGCUCAACCUGCAGAAGAUCUACCUGUCGCGCAACCAGCUGAUCCGCAUCCACGAGAAGGCCUUUCGCGGCCUGACCAACCUGGUCGAACUGGAUCUCAGCGAGAAUGCGCUGCAGAACGUGCCCAGCGAGACGUUCCAGGACUACAGCUCCCUGAUGCGCCUCUCGCUGAGUGGGAACCCCAUCCGUGAGCUGAAGACCUCGGCCUUCCGCCACCUGUCCUUCCUCACCACCCUGGAGCUGUCCAACUGCCAGGUGGAGCGCAUCGAGAACGAGGCCUUCGUGGGCAUGGACAACCUGGAGUGGCUGCGCCUCGACGGCAACCGAAUCGGGUUCAUCCAGGGGCCGCACAUCCUGCCCAAGUCGCUGCACGGCAUCAGCCUGCACAGCAACCGGUGGAACUGCGACUGCCGCCUGCUGGACAUCCACUCCUGGCUGGUCAACUACAACACCCCGCUGGCGGAGGAGCCCAAGUGCAUGGAGCCGGCGAGGCUGAAGGGCCAGGUGAUCAAGGGCCUGCAGCGGGAGCAGCUAGCUUGCCUGCCGGAGGUGAGUCCCCAGUCGAGUUACACGGAGGUCAGCGAGGGCAGGAACAUGUCCAUCACCUGCCUGGUAAGGGCCAUCCCGGAGCCGAAGGUCCUCUGGCUGUUCAAUGGUCAGGUGAUGAGCAACGACAGCCUGGUGGACAACCUGCACAUGUACUACUACAUCGACGAGACCAUCGGCGUGAGCGGCGCCGAGGAGAAGCGCAGCGAGAUCUUCAUCUACAACGUGGGGGCGGAGGACAACGGCACCUUCUCCUGCGUGGGCCAGAACAUAGCGGGCACUACCUUCAGCAACUACACCCUGCGGGUGAUCAUCAAGGAGCCGCCGGUGGUGAACGAGGUCUCAUUCCCCAGGGACUACAUGAACUACAUUGUGGCCAGUAGUGCCGGCGGCGGCAUCAUCUUCGUGGUGCUGCUCUGCACCAUUGUGGUCAAGUGCAAGAAGAGCUCGGAGCCGGCCAAGCAGCGCAAGAAGUGCGACCAGGUGACGAGCAUCGCCGGCGGCACGGACUCCUCGACGGGCAGCACCCAGGACACGGGCAUGGGCAUGAUGAAGUGCGCCUCGAUCCUGAACGACGGCGGGGACAGUAUGAACGGGAAUGCGGGACUCCUGAUGGGCGACACCAUGACUCCCACCAAGGCGGCAAAUGGAGCAGCGGGCGGGGGCAUUAUCCUGGGCAAUCAGAUGAAGCAGAACCUCCUGCUCUACGCCAGCCCCAAUCCCGGCCAGCAGCAGCAGCAGCUGCAGCUGAAUGUCAACCUGAUGGGCGCUGGACCGGGCUCACCCCCGCUGCUCUUGAGCAAUGGCCAUGGCCUGGCCGCAGCCUACUGCUCGCCGCCCGCCUCGUUGAGGAACUACCAGGAGAAGAAUCCUGACCUGGUCAACGAUGCGGAGAGCGUGAAGCACAAGCUGAAGACGGCGGUGAGUCUGGACGGGGCCGGGGAGUACGAGACGCAGAGCGACUGCGGCCAGUACGAGGGCUGCUAUCAGUUGGCGGCGGCACCACAUCCUCAUCAGCACCCGGGACACCAGCACCCUCACCCGGGACACCCGCUGAUGGGCCGCUUUGCCCAGGCGAUGACCACCCUGCCGCGCGGCAUGCAACUGAAGCCGGCUCCCCAUCAGGUCGAUGUCCACCUGAACCCGGUGUGCUUCCUGGGCCAGGAUGGAUCCUUCGCCUACGACUACAGCAGUGCCCACUUGGUGCAGCAGCCACCGCAGCAGCAGCAGCAACAGGUGCAGCCGGCGGCCAACUUCUACCGCACCUUGCCACACAACCGGUUGCACAAACAGCAGCAAUUCCAGGCGGCGGCUGCGGCUGGCGGCAAUGUGGGUGGAGGCAAUCCCACCCUGCGCUACAGCCUGGAGGCCGAGUUUAUCCAGAGGGGACCGACGGUGAGCUACGAGAAGUACCAGCUGCCCAAUGUGCGCUUCACGGCGGAGGGCUAUCCGCAACAGCAGCAGCAGCAACAGCAGCAACAGCAGCAGCAGCAGCAGCAGCAGCAACAGUUGCAGCUGCAACAUCAGUUUCCCUCGCCGCCAGAGGGCUACAAGAGCGAUCUCGCGGUGAUGCCGGCGCCCUUUCAGCAGUGGCCCAGUUGUCUGCCCGGCUACCGCUUCGCCCAGUCACCCACCAGCCAGCCGGCGGUGGCCACGCCCCCUGCCGCAGUGGUGGCCGCCCCAGGACCUCCAUCCUCGUCUGCCGGAACCACACAAUCCACCAUCCCGGAGCUGGACGAGAGCGAGGCGUGUUCGCCGCGCCUCGAGGAAGCCGCCGCCGCCGGGUCUGCAGCGCCACCUGGCGGUGGCGAGGAGGAGAACUCGGACUCCGCGAAACUCAAACAGCUUAAUGGACCGCUGGCCGACAGUCCCGACGAGGGCUACGUGGGCGAUGGCCAGGAGACCAGCGACAUUUGACCCGGCCAGCAGCCGGCAGCCCAGCAGGAUGAAGCGGCCUUAGACGAUUCAGUGGCCCUGUAAGCGGCCAGGCUGAUCAGCAAAACCAAACCACUCAUAGCCUAAGUUCCGUCCCCGACUUUGCUUUACUUACUUUUCCCUCUUUCUGUUUGUUGGUUUGCCCGCAAAAAACAGGCAAACAAAAGGCAGACCCGAGUUUAACCUAAUAAUUGGCGGAAGGAGGGUGCUGGAAAUGCCAGUCCGAAAAGGAGAAGGCCCAGAAAACCAAACAAAAGGAGCGCAGUUAGAAGAAAUCUCGGGCAAGCCGAAGUUUAAAUACCCAAGCUAAAGGGAUCUGUUGCGAAUUUGAUUUCCGAGAAUUUUGAUAAAGUUGUAAGCUAUAUAAAAUUUGGAAAUUUGUUUAGAUCAAAUGAUGAGGGUAUAAUCGGAAGGCAAUUUAAGAAUAUCAACCAACAAAUUCCAAAAGGUCAAGUUGAAAAAGAAAUAGAAGGGAAUUUCUGUGGGAUGCCACACGAAUCAGUAUGGUUUUUAAAUCAUUUUAACAUGUAUUUUUAGGUGUCUAAAAGUAUACAACAAUAUAUUUCGAUAAAUACAUUCAGAAAGAGGUCUAUCCUUUAUUCACUGCAUACUUUUAGACACCUUAAAUGGCACUUGAAAGCGAUCCCAGUUCAUUUUCUUAACUCCAGCCUAUGAUAAAAACAUAUUCAAAAUGCUGCACAAUUUAGUAGCCUUUUUUCCCCGACAUCCCACACUUUUCCAGGACCCUUUGCGGUUAGGGUAUUUGGCGAAACAAUAGGCGGACCUAACCUAAUAAAGCCGAAAAACAAAGACGCCGCUAAACAAAAGCCUCUUGUCGUUGUUUGUUUCUGUUUGCUGCGUGCUUCGAGUGGCAAGCUGGCAGCAUUUUAUUUCCGCUGAUGUAAUUGAAAAACUUUUUCAUUUAAUAUAAAGUUUUCAGCAGCUUCCCCGCAGCACAAUGGCGAAAAGAAGGCAAGAAAGCGAGCAGAGGCAAAGAAAUCCCGGGCCUACUAGACUAGACAUAUGGGGUUCCUAUGAGUGUGUGCCCUGCCGAUUGGGUCUUGGGUUUUGGGUUCUCGGAGGCGUUGUUAGUUGACAAUCGACGGGGUAGUCCCAGGCCCACCCCUUCCGAGGACCACUUCACGGGGUUCCGAGUCGGUGGCUCACUUCAGAGCCAAGUGGCAUGUGUUUUCGCCAUGGCGACACCUGCUCUCCGUGACACAAAGGACUCCAAGUCGAGGACCGGCUGUUGAACUGUUGAACCUCUCACGGCGAAGGGCUAAGUCGAGAAUUCCGGCCGAAAAUCGCGAGUGGCAUUAAGGGCUUCUGCUUCGUAGUGUGCUCUAGUUUAUGAAAUUUUAAUUCGGGCCACAUCCGCUCCAGUGUUGCACUUAAAUAAUUUAUAGCAUUUAUUUCCACAGAACUUCGGUCGCAAGCAGUCCUUUCCCUUUCACCCACCUCAUCCCAUGCCAUCCCAUCUUGACUUUGAUUCUCCCGCCUUAAGUUUGUUGUAUCGAAUCGAACAGGCAUGAACACAAGUGUUUCCGGGUAAAAUUAAAGUAGAUAUCGUAAAUUAGAACGGCUAACAUUGUAAGAACUAACUAAACAUAGGAUAGCCCCAACCGUUUGAGACUUGUAUGUAAAUGUAGCUAUAGAGAUCGUUUAAGCAGAGCCCAAGCUUUCACCUUUUAAAGUAAAUGUUCUGUAAAGUGUUCAAGAAUCUCCCACUGUAAAAUAAAUUGGAAAAGAAUCGAGAAGAGCGGAGAUUGCAAAACGCUUGCAAAGUGUUUUGAGGAGAUGGCAAAAACAUACGGUUAGCAAUAGCUAAAAUGCAUAUGAGGAAGCGAGGGCAGAAGCAAUCAUUUAAGCACAAUAUAGAAUAUUGUAAAUUGCAUAAAUAAAUCAUUAGAGGUAAGAACGAAGCAAACACUAACACCUGCAGACACACUCACACACUCGUACUCAGAAUGAUUUGUGUAUCUAGCGAACGAUUAAGUUUUAUUUUCACCAAGUGAGUUAGUUGGCAAAUGCACCUAAGGAAUAUAGCAGCGGACACUAAAUUAAAAAUGCGAAAAAUACCACAAAAACAUUUUAGCCUAGCAAACUGUUUAAAUCUCAGCCCAAACACAGACACACUCGAAGGUAUAUUAAACAAAGAAUUGCCUGCAGGCGGAAUAAUUUUAAAUAUUAUAUGGCAUACACUACAAUAUAAAGAGAAUGUUUAGCAUUAAGUUAAUGGUUAGGCAAGGCAGAACAUAUACGCAUAAAGCAAAUAAAAGGCCCAUAAACGGUCGCAGAACAUUUAAAGGAUAACAGAGAGAGAUUAAAAUUCAGAACGACAAUGGGGAGACACAAUCUAGUUAUAAAUUAAUUUUCUAAGUUAAAUUAAAACUUAAAUGCAUACUGAUAAUAACAGCAGCAAAGUGUAAAAAGGAUAAGAGAGAAAUUAAACCGAAUAAAACGCAUUAAACUGAAGAAUUUAA